AUGGGCAGCACCACCUCCUGCUGCGUCUCCUCCAGCCCGAAGCUCCGCAGAAAUGCGCAUUCCAGGCUGGAGUCGUCAUACGUGCCGGAGCCGGAGCUGAGCCGGGACGACACGGGCUGCAACCUGCAGCACAUCAGCGACCGCGAGAACGUCGACGAGCUGAACAUGGAAUGCAACCCGUCGGACCACCCGCGGGCCAGCACCAUAUUCCUCAGCAAAUCACAGACGGACGUACGAGACAAACGAAAGAGCCUCUUCAUCAAUAACCAUGGAACGACUGGGCGAAAACACAGCUCCUGUUCCACCAUCUUCCUGGACGACAACACGGUCAGCCAGCCCAACCUCAAAUACACCAUCAAAUGCGUAGCGCUGGCCAUUUACUACCACAUAAAGAACAGGGACACAGACGGAGGAAUGCUAUUGGAUAUCUUCGAUGAGAAGCUCCACCCCCUCUCGAAAUCUGAUGUCCCGUCGGAUUACGACCGACAUGACCCAGAGCAGAAACAGAUCUACCGCUUCGUCCGGACUCUGUUCAGCGCCGCUCAGCUCACCGCUGAGUGUGCCAUCGUCACACUGGUGUACCUGGAAAGACUGCUGACGUAUGCGGAGAUAGACAUCUGUCCAGGAAACUGGAAACGGAUUGUCUUGGGUGCCAUCCUGUUGGCCUCCAAGGUCUGGGAUGACCAGGCAGUCUGGAACGUUGACUACUGUCAGAUCCUUAAAGACAUCACGGUGGAGGACAUGAACGAGCUGGAGCGUCAGUUCCUGGAGCUGCUCCAGUUCAACAUCAAUGUGCCGUCCAGCGUCUACGCCAAGUACUACUUCGACCUGCGCUCGCUGUCCGAGUCCAACAACCUCAGCUUCCCUCUGGAGCCGCUCAGCCGGGACAAAGCCCAAAGACUGGAGGCUAUCUCCAGGCUCUGUGAUGACAAAUACAAGGACGUCCGCCGAGUCGCCAGGAAGCGCUCGGCCAGCGUGGACAAUCUGUGUGGCGUGAGGUGGGUCCCCGCUAUCCUUUCCUAGACGCUAACAAAGGACAGCAGCACUGAGCUACGAGCAUGGGACAGGCUGGAAACCAAAAACAAGAAGAAAAAAAAGGGACCUGGGUUGGACCUGGGUCUCGUCUAGGCGUCGAACAUGACAGACCUGAGCCAGAACCGCUCCGGAUAACAAGACAGUGGAAAUUUGACUCGGACUGGGAUUUAACCCGCUUCUACCCCAACCCACCCCACCUACGUCCGUAGGCUGCAGUUCCAGGGACUAAAAUAUGGGACCAUAAUAGAGGCUGUAUGGGACUGGAACCGGGGUAUGGUGGCCCAGAAGUUCCUAAUUUAACCAGAUGCCUUCACAGUGCCUCAGCUCCAGAACCAUUAAGUGAAUGGUUAUUAUAUUUACUGUGGAGAAUAAUCUGACUUUGGGUCAUUAAGAAACAGAAAUACUCUGUCUCCGUGACAAAGACUAAGGUGAUUUUUUUUCUUUUGGUUAUUGGACAUUAUUUAGAUUAUCAUUGGAUGGGUUUAGAGUUGAUGUUCUCAGCUGAGCUCCUCUAUUCCAUCUGGGCUUUGUUUAAUUUAUUUGAACUAUGCUAAAACGAUUGGAUAUGGCUCUGUGGAA